CCCAACACCAACCCGCAUCCGGAUACCAUCAAGCGUUCAAGCUGGCUGCGGCCCUGUCGUGCGUUGUCUUAUUUUCUCUUCUGGGCUCUUUUGUUGAGUAUAGACGGCAUCUUUAUUUCGGUACCCAUUGUGUCCUGAAGCCGAGCCCGCCGUCUCUGAGGUCUCCCCGUCAAGCCCCCCGCAGGACGUCAUGAUCUAGCGGACCAUCUGCCGAACCACCCACGAUACCGCGAGUCGAAGGCGUCGCAUCUCCUGUUUUCGCUCCUACAGCGCUGCCACGAUGGCGUCCCAAGUCGACGAGCCCUCGGCUCAGCCGGGAACCCCGGAGCCAGCCGACCAGCCAACGACAACGCCGCAGUCUCUCGCCCGAGCGGUCCACGCCAGACGGUCGGAAUACGUGCGCCCGCACCGGAUAAAGGUCAAGAUCGGGACCUGGAACGUGGCAGCGUGCCCCGGCACAGACAAAGACCUUGCGACCUGGUUCACCAGCGGAGAGGGCAUCGAUCAAGACUUUGCGACGCUCGACCUGUCCCAAAACCCCUCGGUGGAGCACACAGAUCCGACACAGCAAGAUGGAGAUUCAGGGCCGUACCGCUUGGUCGCUGGAAAGAACAUUGGGCUCUACGUUCUGGGGCUACAGGAGAUUGUGGACCUGAGCACCACCAAAGAAUACAUGAACCGCGCAGUCUACACGGACAAGAGCGCCAUGGAGAAGUGGCAAGCUGCCUUGGAAGCUGCUCUGCCCCUCGGGUAUGAGCUGAUCACGACUGAGCAAAUGACCGGUCUGCUAUUGUUGGUUUACGCUUCCCCCGAAGUCGCAGCCACCAUCAGCAACGUAAGCACGAAGCAGGUUGGCACGGGACUCCUAGGUUACUUUGGAAAUAAGGGCGCCGUAACGACGCGGCUGCUCUUGGGAGAAACGACUCGCAUGGUCUUCGUGAACUGUCACCUUGCUAGCGGUGCAGGUUCAUCAUAUCUCGAUCGACGAUGCUGGGAUGUAGGGCAAAUCCUCUCCAAGACGCAGUUUGACCCGAUUGUUCUUGCUGGUGUCGACGAGGAUGUGCCCGAGGAAAAGAUUGGCGAGGAGGACCUCGCCUUUUGGUUUGGCGACCUGAAUUUCCGACUUGAUGGAUUACCUGGCGAUGAUAUCAGACGGCUGUUGACACUACACGCUCGCGGCGAGUACGGCGCGAGCGAUGAAACGACCAAGUUGCCACCCGACGGACAAGGAGUGAUUGUGAUGAAGAGCUCCGACAGUGACGACGAUGCCACCAUCAUGUCAUCAUUACACUCUCGUGAAGAGAGCUUUGACUCCACAAGCUCGCUUCCUGAUCCUGACGAUUUCCCCGAAGACCCUAGCCAAGAUCCUACCUCGUUGCAGGCCACCAUCGACUCCCUUCUAUCCCAUGACCAGCUGCGGAGGAUGGUCAAGCAGCGCAAAGUCUUCCAUGACGGCUGGCGAGAAGGCCCUAUCACAUUCCUACCGACUUAUAAAUAUGACGUGGGGACGGUCGGUCUCUUUGACACGAGCGAGAAACAACGUGCCCCAAGUUGGUGUGAUCGAAUCUUGUUCCGAACUCGGACAGAUAAGUUGCAAUAUGAGAAUAAGGUUAGAGAGGAAGAGGAAGCAAGGGUGAAGGACGCCGAAAUGAGGGCUAGGGGUCUCGAGGAGGAUGACGACGUGCUUUUCAGCUAUGACCCAGAUGCAGACGGGGAGGACUUACCACCCAAGGCGACCGAUAUGGGCUCAUACGAUGAGUAUGAUGAGUACGACGAGAACGAAGACCCUGGAACCGAGGAAGUGGUAACCAAAGAGGGAUUCCACGAUCGCAUAGGCCUGGAAAUCUACGCCUCGCACCAACGCAUCUCCUCCUCUGACCACAAACCCAUCACAUCCAUCUUCACUCUGGACUACGACGCUGUGGUCCCGGAGCUCAAAGCAAUAGUGCAUGCCGAAGUAGCCAGGGAGCUAGAUAGAGCCGAGAACGAGGGCCGGCCGGGAAUUACAGUUGUUGUCGAGGGCGGAGGCGGAGACGCCGACAACGUGGUGGAGUUUGGACUGCUUGGACCAUUAGAAAGAAAGACAAGUUCGUUGACGGUGGCAAACACCAGCGGCGUGCCGGCGACGUUCUCAUUUGUCGAGAAGCCGGCCACGGAGGAUGGAGACGAAGCAAUCCCGGACUGGCUAAAGACGACUUUCGUGCUGGCAGACGAGGAUUCCCCAGAACCCCUUGGACACUCUGUGACAUUGGAUCCCGGAGAGACGGUCUUGGUCUUGUUGGAGAUACAGAUAUCAGCGAUACAUCACAUCCGCGCGCUGAACGAAGCCAGCACUAUGAUUGAGGAUGUUUUGGUCCUUCGUGUAGAAGACGGUCGGGAUCACUUCAUCCCUGUGCGCGGAACAUGGAAUCCGACUUGCCUUGGACGGUCCAUCUCCGAGCUCAUACGGAUCCCGGACGGCGGCAUCAGGAGGUUCUUGUUGGACAAAGAGAUCAAGGGAGCGAUCCCAUACGACUCAGCGGUGCAUUGUUCGGCCCCGAAGGAACUGUUCAAGCUUACGGAGGCAGCUCAGACCCUCGUGGAGAGGAGCAUUGCCGAUGCGACGAUGCUACAAGACGCGGCCUUGCCCCGAGAUCUAGGAUGGCCCAUUGACCCUGCGACUUGGAAGUUGGAGCAAGCUGAGAUGCAGCAGUAUCAAAUUGCUUUUAUCGGCGCGCUCGACACGGAUUCGCGACUGAUCGAGUCAUUGCCCCUUGAACUUUCAGCGUCUCGGAAGUUGGAGGUUCUCUGCUCUGUUCUAUUGCUCUUCCUAGAGUCUCUGACAGAUGGUCUCGUUCCCACGCACCUUUGGGCAAAGAUCUAUAUUGCGCUGCCCAAUAUUUCCUCUGUGCCCGUGAACGCCUGGCCCGACACCAAGACGCAAAUCCUCGAUAUUCUGUCCUCGGCACCAAACCACAACAUUGCAUUUGUCUUCUUGACGGCCACGCUGUCGCGCGUUGCCUCGGAUUUGACCCCCGCCACAGCAGAUCCGAAAGCCAUGGGUCUCACGCGCCGGCUGAGUUUCCGGCUCGGUGGGGAAGAUGAGAGUUCAAAGAAUAGAAAGAUCAGGGAGAGGAGGUAUGCGGAGUUGGUGGGCCCGAUGGCAUGUCGAGUGGACAAGAAGGAAAAGGGAGCCACCGACAGGGCGAGGACUGUUCUGGAAAUGUUUCUUCGGAGAGACGAUAGCUAGAAGCGUAGGCACCCAAAGACGAGGGCCCUGCGAGCGAGCGUGCGAGCCUUGUACAGGACGUACGGGAAUCUAUAAUGUUCAUUAGCAGGUUGUAAUAUUUGUACGGAACGACGACUAACAUGGCAGACGGGCGACGUAAACUAGAGACACUGGACAAUCAUUAUUAUAUGGGCCUUAGGGGACUUAUCGUCACAGAAGCUUUAGUUAUGCAAGCAUCGAGUUGAG